AUGGAAUUGUCACACCGAUUCUUCAGAAAUUGGGUGUUGAUACUGCUGGCAUUACGUCAGCGGUUGAAACCGCUGUUCAAAAAGCACCGAAAGUACAAGGCGCUAGCGGCUGAAAUGCGUAUUGCCCCUGCUCUACAAUCCGUUUUGGAUACCGGAUUCAAAGAGGCGACGGCACUCAAAGAUGAAUAUGUCAGUACAGAGCAUCUCUUGGUAGCGUGUGCCGAGACGAAACAGAGCGAAGUGGGCAAAAUCCUUCGGGAAGCGGGUGUAACAAAGGACACGAUUCUCAAGGCACUCGUCGAUAUUCGCGGAACACAGCGGAUAACCGAUCAGAAUCCAGAGGACAAAUAUCAGGCACUUACCCGAUUUGGUAGGGAACUCACACAAGAGGCAAUUUCAGGUAAACUUGACCCAGUUAUCGGGCGGGAUGAUGAAAUCCGCCGUGUGAUGCAAGUGCUAUCCCGAAGACGCAAAAAUAACCCCGUCCUGAUCGGUGAACCGGGUGUCGGGAAAACGGCGAUUGUAGAGGGGUUAGCACAACGUAUUGCUGAUGGUGAUGUUCCAGAAAGCCUUCGCGAUAAACGACUCAUUGCCCUCGAUUUAGGGGCACUCAUCGCAGGUAGUAAGUACCGUGGUGAAUUUGAAGACAGACUGAAAGCGGUCCUUACCGAUGUGGAACAGGCAGAAGGACAGGUGGUCCUCUUUAUCGAUGAACUCCAUACCAUCGUCGGUGCGGGUGCGGCGGAAGGUGCUGUAGACGCUUCAAACAUGCUCAAACCCGCAUUGGCGCGGGGUGAACUCCGGUGCAUAGGCGCGGCCACACUCGACGAGUACCGCAAACACAUUGAGAAGGAUGCCGCCUUGGAACGCCGAUUCCAGCCUGUGCAGGUUGAAGAGCCGUCAGUUGAAGACACGAUUGCCAUUCUUCGGGGCUUGAAGGAACGCUAUGAGACACAUCACGGCGUACAAAUUCAGGACAGUGCUAUUGUCGCUGCAGCUACCCUCUCGAAGCGUUAUAUCUCCGAACGGUUCCUACCGGAUAAAGCCGUGGAUUUGGUGGAUGAAGCCGCGUCGAGGUUGCGCAUUGAGAUCGACAGCGUGCCAGAGGAAAUUGACGAGGUGGAACGUCGAAUCAUUCAACUCCAAAUUGAGCAACAAGCAUUGGAGAAAGAGGAAGACGGGGCAUCACAGCAACGUCUUGAAAAACUGAAGGCUGAACUUGCCGAACUCAAAGAGAGAGCGGAUGCCCUCAAAGUCGCGUGGCAGAACGAAAAAGCGAAUUUGACACAGAUUGGCGAGUUAAUGGAACAGAUUGAAGCACUCCGUAUUGAGUCGGAGCAAGCCAAACGUGUGGGCAACCUCGGCAGAACGUCAGAGAUUGAGUACGGCAAGAUACCGGAAUUGGAAUCACGGCUCAAGACUGUCCGAGAAACUUUGGAAACGGACACACAAGGCACGCAGAUGUUGAAGGAGCGCGUGAGUGCAGAAGACAUUGCUGAAAUUGUAGCGAAGUGGACGGGUAUUCCUGUUUCUCGACUCAUGGAAGGCGAGACUCAGAAACUCCUUAGCAUGGAAGAACGUUUGCGAGAACAGGUGAUCGGGCAAGAUGAGGCUGUGAGUGCUGUCUCCAAUGCGAUUCGACGCGCUCGCGUCGGUCUCGGUGAUCCUGAUCGACCGCUCGGUUCUUUCCUUUUCAUGGGACCGACUGGCGUCGGUAAAACGCACCUCGCCAAAUCGCUCGCCGAAUUCCUGUUUGACGAUGCGAACGCCAUGGCGCGUAUUGAUAUGAGCGAGUACAUGGAGAAACACACCGUCUCCCGAUUGAUCGGCGCACCACCGGGGUACGUCGGCUACGAUGAAGGCGGACAACUGACCGAAGCGAUCCGACGACAUCCUUACUGCGUCAUCCUGCUUGAUGAGGUCGAGAAGGCGCAUCCAGAGGUGUUCAAUGUCUUGCUCCAGAUGCUUGAUGAUGGCAGAAUGACGGACGGACAAGGACGCACCGUCGAUUUCAAGAACACGGUUGUCAUCAUGACCUCUAAUAUUGGGAGUCAGUGGAUUAGCGAUGCGCUUUUGGACGCGCAAGAGAUUCGUCGGAAAGUGAUGGAAGCGGUGCAGACACAUUUCCCUCCCGAAUUCCUGAACCGUAUUGACGAUCUGAUUAUCUUCGACCGUCUCGGUAUCGAAGAAUUGAAGCGGAUUGUCACGCUGGAACUCGCGCAACUCAGCAAUCGCUUUGCGGAGAAGGAGAUGGCGACUGACGCUUUCUGA